UAUAAUUAUAUAUUUUAAUCACAUUUUAAAAUUUAUAAUUUAUUAUUUAAUAUUUUAAUUAAAUUAUUUAGUAAUCUUAAUCUUAAUUUAUAUAUUUUUAUUAUAUUAUAAUUAUUUUUAAUUGUUUAGGUAUUAUAUAAUAUCUAAAACAAACUAUGUGCCUCAGCUAAAGUGGACAAAUUAACUGGAAUAGAGGAAGUACCAUAGAUAAUGUCUCCUUCUCAUAUUUAUUCAUCAUUUUGUUUGAAUUUUAAAAAUAUUAAUAUUAUAUUGAAAUAAAAAGAUUAAACUAACCUUUGUAAUAAUGACAUUUGCAUAUUGUAAAUUAAAGAAAUAUUUAUAAUGUUAAAUAAAUAAUACAGCUACUAAAAAAAAUAUUUUAUUACGAGACAGAACUAAAAUAAAAAUAAGAUAACUUAUUAAAGACAAAGAGAGUAUAAUUUUCCUAAUCAAUAAAAAUAUUAUUAUUUUUUAAUGUAAGCUUAAAUUUUGUUGUUGAGAUUUUUUCUUUUUUAAAGAGGAAAAAAAAAGUGUAAAAAUAAUGAGGUGGGCCAUUGGGGAGGAGCGGUAGUCAACAUUUCGGUGCUCAGUAAAGAUUCCCUCCAAAAUUUCUUCCAAAUUGAGCUUUUCACACCCUAAAAGAUGAAACUUUUCACCAACACGAUGAUGAUUGAUGGAUGCACAUCGAUUAUCGCAACUCAACUGCACUCCAUCAUAUCAUUUUUCUGUUGCAGAUCAGAAUAUAUAUUUAUAAGCAAGAACCAAGUACAUUCACAAUUACAAUCAGAAACCAACAAUAAAAUUAGAUCAAAGAAGAAUCUGGAAAUCAACCAAUUACUACAUACUCAAUUAUGGGAGGAUCUGGGGAGAACGUCUUCACUCUGCUCGCCAAGAACAUCGAUGUUCUUGCCAUGCCGCUCGUCUCCCUCGUCUUCCCUCUGUACUGUUCAGUGAAGGCCAUAGAGACGAAGUCGUUGGCGGACGACCAGCAAUGGCUGACCUAUUGGGUUCUCUACUCCCUCAUAACUCUCUUCGAGCUCACCUUCGCCAAAAUCCUCGACUGGUUUCCGAUAUGGUCGUACGCAAAGCUGGUCGGCGUGUGCUGGCUGGUGCUGCCGUACUUCAACGGCGCCGCGUACGUGUACGAGCAUUUCGUGCGGCCGUUGUACCGGAAUCCGCCACGUCAGGUGAAGCUUUGGUAUGUCCCGAGGAAGAAAGACGACGUCUUCAGCAAGCCUGACGAUGUCCUCGCUGCCGCCGAGAAGUACAUCGAAGAAAACGGUCCCCAAGCUUUCGAGAGGAUGAUUGCUAAGGCGGACAGAGAAGCAAGAGCAAGGAGAAGCAGCUACACAGUAUUUCAUGAUCUUCAUGACUAUGACUAUCACUAUUAACAACUUCUUCUUCUUCUACUUCUUCAUUUCAAUCUAAUUAAAUAUUAAUAUGCAUUAUCUUUGUUUUGUUUCGAUUCGACUUAAUUAUGUGUAAUAUUUGAAUCUUGUUUCGAUUCGAGUUUGAAAACCAAUUAAUGGUUGGAGCUAUGAAACGUG